AGUUGGGCCAAGUUGGAAGAGACUUUCGCUAAUCUCUAGAAACCGACUUCUUCAUUUUAUAGAGGAAGGACAUGAGUGCCCUGAUGGGAAAGAGAUUUGUCUGAGCUCAUGCAGCGAGUUGGUGCCAGAGCUGGGGCUUAAACCCAGGCCUCUUGACUCCUCCUCCAGUGCGCUUCCACUCUACCAGGUGCUGUGCAUAUUCGUGGUAUUUAAACGGGAGCUCACAUGGAGAGAAAGAGACCACUAAUCUCCUCCAUCUAGUAAGCUGCCUGCACGAAGGAGCAGGGCAGGGCCCUGCUAAAAGAGGAGGUGUCAUCUGUGGCUUCCCCCUGCUCUACUCAACUGAGCUAGAUCAUUAUCUUCUGAGUAGCAGCCCCCACCCUAUUGGAAAUGUUGAAACAUUUGCCACUGACCUCCAGUGACUGAGAAGCUUCGGGGUGGGGGAGUGGGGAGAUGUUUCCGUCAGGACAUCGCUGAAACACAGGCUGGGAUCAGACCUUGCUCAUGGCCCCGGAGGUGUGUCCCACCCUCAGGGGAGGCUCCUGCCAUGGUGACCAGCACUGAAGGGGAUCCAGAAAGGACUUCUCUGAUACCCAGAACAAAGGUGACACCCUAGCCUCCUAGUCUACUUCCCCACGGUAUUUGGCAGACCUCGCUCCUCUUUCUCACGACAUACUGGCCUAGCUCCGGCUAUUUGCCGAAACCAAGCUCUCCUGGUCAAGUCCAGUCUUCCUUUUGCAGCUGCCCCAGAAGUCAGUCCGGUCCUGAGAUUUGCUUGAGAAGUCUCCUGGCGGGUCUGCUGGCGCCACUACUUGGAAACGAGGUACCCAGGGUGGCUCCUCUCAAGUCUCUUCCUGCUGCACCGGGAAGCGCCUGAGCCCCACUCACAACCCCAGGCCGCCCUGCAGGAAGCUGGCCAUGCUGACAGAAAGCAUGCAGCUCUGGCAUGGCUUAGUGAUCGCAUUCGUGUCCCUGGUCCUACAGGCCUGCCUCCUCGCAGCCAUCUACUACCUGCUCAGCAGACACAUGGCCAAAGAGAACGAGCAGUUACUCAGAAGAUCCAGGCUCUGGGCCCCCAGGCCCAGUCCUGCCCACCACUGCUCACCUGCUGCACAGGAGACGAAGGAGACGGAGACCGGGGCCGAGAGCAGCACCCCUGCGCGGGGGUCCCGUUACAGGAAUAACUGCCACACAUCCUCAGAGAGCUCCGACACCUCGAACAGCGUCGGCCACUUGCCUCCCACCUGCCAGGCCACCAGGAAUGUGAAUUACACCCAAGUGGUCUUCCCAGCCACAGGAAGACUAGAGAACACAUCCGCCCUGGACUAUGAGGACAUCGAGGACGUGACAGAUUAUGUCAAUGUCGACCCAAAAAGCCACAAGCACAAUUUCUGGACUUUUGUGAACCCUGCUGCCUCCGAGUCUGUGGAAUACUCUCAAGUGGCCAUGUGAAUUCCAGGGUCUGCUUUUUUAAAUGGGGUCAAGUUCUCUACAAAUUCUCGUACUUAUUUUGUAGGGAAUUACUUUCUGUUUUGUGUGUGUGUGUGCGUUUUAACAAGGCUUGGGAGGAAAAAAUGGCUGUAUCUCAGCAAGAAAGGCUCGUAUGGGAAGUUAGGAUGAGCUUCCAGGUUGAGUCUGAGCUCACUAAAACAGAUCAGUAGGGAAAGUGGGGAAGUCUCAAUAAGAAAAUUGUUUUAAAAGAUUUUAAUCAGCUAUAGUAGAGUCACGUUUGGCAGUCUUACGAUUAAAUUAACCUUUGAGCUAUUUAAUUAUUGGCAGUGAACAACUUCUUUAAACGUUUUAAAUAAAACGGCAACCACCAGUUCCUCUUUUCCUCUUGCCCAGCCCAGCGUGCGUCCCUUUCUCAGAGCUGUGCCUGCUGAGUGAUCCUGCUUUGCCCUCAGAACUUUAAAUAGUCCACUUAGAAGGCCCACUAUCGCUCAACCUUUGAACUCACUGUUUCUUAUGAACGAGAGAUGACAAAUACCGCCUGAUAAACGCCAACCAGUAUCACAAUCUGUUACUACAAGAGCAACUUCCCAAAUUUAAUCUAAUAAAAUGUAA